UAUGCAUUUCGUCACGGGGCUCGAAAAAGCAAUGCGGAUGUGCUGGAGCAAUACCACACUGAGUCCAUCAGGGCACUCUCAGCAGCCAAGCCCGGCAAGAAGACGGUGGAGCAGACACAAGCCUGCAACAAACACCAGAGCUCAUUGGACAGCAUUAGAGAACACGAGAAGAGCAUCAUGCAGGUGCUGAACGGCGGUGCUUGUGCUGCGAAGAGGAGGCGCAGCGACUUCGUGAAGAGACUUGGCGUCUGCGACACAGAGGGCAAGGAGAUUUUGAAUGCCCUUGUGAAUGGCGGUGCGAUUCCUCCGCACCUCCGGAACAACGAGAGUGCACAGAAAUUGCAGCGCCUGUCCUUGUACCUUAGAUGGGUAGCGUGCAAUUUGUUGCACGAUGACUACAUGAAACUGAAAGAAAAAACAUCCUUUGACGUCGUGAUUGUGGAGAAGAAGGCCAAGGAUUUCAUGUCCCAUGUAAGGGAACAGUCUACACAGAAGGUCGAGAUCCGACACCUCCCCGAUGCAUGCACACUGGUCGGCAAUUGCAUUCCCUGUGCCCUGUGGCAUAUCGCACCCUUGCUCCGGCUCACAAUCACAUCCUCUAUCCAGAAUCACGAACUCUCGGAGAACACUGAAGCCCUCAAAAGGAGAUGGAGAACAUAUCGCAGCGCUGCCGCCCUCUACAAGACCGAUCUGAUGUGCUCAGUGGGUUUGCCAGCUGAUGACGUUCUGUCUUAUAUUUUGCACUACGAAGGCAACGGUUGUCCUCACUGUGUUGCGGUACAAGUCCUUGCCGACCGGCAGAAUGUCAUGGUACUCAACGGCAGAACCAGCAUGAAGCUCUCUAUGCUUGCCUUCAGGGAAGCUUUCGCUGCGGCAGUCGACCGCUCCACUGUCGUCACCUACUGGCAGAGACGCAGCAGGGGCGAACUCGCCGACAAGACGGGACAUCUGCUGGACAUGCAGGCAGGUGCGGACAUCAGCUCCGAUGAUGAGGCCGCAAACGAUGAAGUUUGUACCGCAAGGUUUUCUUUCGAUGAGGACAAUAAGCCAGUUGUGUCCGACAACAUACAGCAGACCCUGCGUCGGGAGGUGGAGGAAACUCUGCUGGAUCUGAAAGCUAG